CACACUACGCAUGCCCUUGUCGAAGGAAGAAGCUGAAUGCCCCAUACAUCUAAAGCUUCUAUAGGAGUAGUCGCUUGUGUUCGUCAUGUACUACAGUAGCUUAAUCGUCUAUCGCCAUAUUGGCACUGGUAACUCUAGAGUGUAGUUAAACAACUUAUCAAACUGCCAAAGUGACAAGUUCAACUGGAUUAAACUUAAUUACAACAAUUAUAUUAAUGAAUUAUAUUAAUUAAUUGAAAUAUUGGUUUUUGGGUUUAAAUGCUCAAAGAUACGCUUUGAUAUUCCAAGUGUAUGGCAACAGGUGUUCAGGUACAUGCAGUUGGGCACAUGUUUGUUCAUUAAUUUUUUAUAAUAUUGGGGGUAACCAAGCACGGAACACCGACGUUAAUAUUAAAGUCAUUCAUAGAUAGACAAUUCAUCGAUACAAAAUUUUUCUUGACAACUAUUAAAUAUGGAUUACGACUACUUAAUUAAAUUUUUGGCACUGGGUGACUCGGGAGUAGGCAAAACGAGCUUUUUGUAUCACUACACCGAUGGACUUUUUAAUGCACGUUUUGUAUCCACUGUGGGCAUUGAUUUUCGAGAAAAACGAGUGAUAUAUAGAACUACCAAUGGCAGAACUCAGCGAGUGCAUUUGCAAUUGUGGGACACUGCCGGACAGGAGAGAUUUCGGAGUUUAACGACAGCAUUUUAUCGCGACUCAAUGGGAUUUCUUCUGUUGUUUGACCUGACGAAUGAGCAAUCAUUUCUCGAAGUGAGAAAUUGGCUGGAGCAACUCAAGACUCAUGCUUAUUGCGAGGAGCCCGAUAUUAUACUCUGUGGAAAUAAGUGCGAUCUGGAGGAUCGUCGGGUGGUCAGCGAGCAAAAAGCGCGAGAACUCGCCGAAAAAUAUGGCAUGGUAUAUUUGGAAACUAGUGCAGCUACAGGACAGAAUAUUGCACGCGCUGUUGAUGUUUUACUAGAUAGAGUAAUGCGUAGAAUGGAAGCUACUGUCGACACGUCACUGCUACCACAUCAACGAGUUUUGCGAUGCCAUGAACCAGAGCCGGAUAGACCUAGAAAUCCGUGCUAUUGCUGACAGUGUCAUUAUGCGUAGAGCAAUUUUUUUUCAACAGCUCUGACGCACCUAUUUUUUCAUUUUAGACUCGAGAGGGAAUUGGGUGGAGGAUGAUUAAGGAGAUACCGAGAUAUUUAAACAGCAUUAUUUUAGGUGGUACUCACACUUGGUGGGCGGAAAAAAAUUAUUACUAAAUUAACAAUUUAUUUCACUGAAAUGGUAGUAAAUUAAUACUUCAAGUCCCCAAGGGUUUUUCACUAUUUCAUCAAAAUGCUGUCAUUUUUGCCAGGGUUAUUGCAUUUUCUACUAAAGUUUUGGUAAAAAGUCAGCAGUAAUUGGAGAAUAAGUAGAGUAUUUAGAAAAUAACUAAACUACUGGUAAGAGUCAAUAAAGCAUUAAUUUACAUUCCUAGUUUUAUAGAUAUCAGUGUUGACUUUUCAAAUUUGGGGAUUGGAUUUGUAUUUAAAAACAAACAGUUUUUAAAGAAGUUAUUAACUCCAUAUGUAAUGGAUGCUUUGAAUACCGUAUAAAAAACUUUGUGAUCUUCGAUGCCAAAGAAGGAGCAAUUUACCUCUGUGUCAAUGUUUAUAAAUCAAUGAAAGGCACAAAACAAAUUGCGUUCAAAAGAGGGUUAUAUUUAUAAUACAUUCCAUGUUGUUGCUUCUGAAAUGUAUUCCAAAAAUAAUGAUGCGUUCGAGUUAAAAUAUGCGAUGUCGUUAGUUGGAAAAGUGUUACGAAAUAAAAUUCAUUUAUUGAAAAUGAUA